AAUCACAAGUCACCAUAAGGCAUAAAACUCCAGUGUGCGCGUAGUGGUGUCAUGAGGAGGAAGGUGACAGGAAAGCGUAGGCUUGUGUGAUGGCGAUUCCUCUGGUGUUCAUCCUAAUUGCUACCAUCUCUGUGGCCUACUGCUAUCCUACUGCCUUCCAAGACCUGGAGGGAAAUGGCAAAAACCGAACUUCAAUCAAGUUCCUGGCUUUAGGAGACUGGGGUGGCGUGCCCUAUCCCCCGUACAUCACCGCCGUGCAGAAGGCUACUGCUCGGGAGAUGAGCAAAAUAGCAGAGCACAUGGGAGCUGACUUCGUUCUGGCCCUUGGCGACAACUUCUACUAUAGAGGUGUGGACAGCGUGGAUUCUCCUCGGUUUAAGGACACGUUUGAGACAGUGUACACAGCCAAGUCUCUCAGAGUGCCCUGGUAUGUGCUCGCUGGGAAUCACGACCACGCAGGGAACGUCAAAGCCCAGAUUGACUACAGCCAGAAAUCAGACAGAUGGAAGUUUCCCUCAUAUUACUACGAGUUGAACUUCCGCAUCCCCAACACCGGGAAGACUCUGACCAUCAUCAUGCUGGACACAGUUAUGCUGUGUGGCAACUCUGACGACUUCCUUGACGAGAAGCCCAGAGGCCCCCUGCGAGCUGUGGACGCCAACCGUCAGGUGACCUGGCUGCAGGAGAGACUAGCCCAGUCCAAGGCGGACUUCCUGUUGGUUGCUGGCCACUACCCUGUGUGGUCGGUGUCGGAACACGGGCCCACAGAGUGUCUGCUGCAGAGGGUUCAUCCUCUGCUCAUUAAAUACAAGGCCACUGCCUACCUCUGUGGCCAUGACCACAAUCUGCAGUACAUUGAAGAGUCUGGUGUUGGCUACGUGGUGAGUGGUGCUGGAAACUUCCUGGAUCCUGACAUCCGGCACUGGAAGCACGUUCCCAAAGGUUCUGUGAAGUUCUUCACUGGCAAGGCUUCAACAUUGGGAGGCUUUGUCCAUGCAGAAGUCACCAAGAACAAGAUGGUUCUGACCUUUUACCAGGCAAAGGGCACCUCACUCUAUCGAACCGUCCUCUCUCAAAGGGCGUUUGACUAGAAGGGCGACUGGGAAACAGUCGACUCUCUCAGAAUCAUUCUGCAGUGUAGUUUGAGAUCAGACUAAUAGCUGUAAUCCUGUAUAUUAAAUGCUGGCAUUAAUAUUUCAAAAGUAUUGAUUAUAUUUUAAAAGAAUCAACUGGUUUUAACAUUUAUGUAAA